UAGAACGGUAGAUGACAAGAGUCCACAAAUCGUUCUCUGUCUUGCGAGUUACCGAAAACUGUUCCACUACAAAAUGGCCGAGGACGAGACCGUGCUUUUUGGGUCACUUGAAGAAUGCAUAAAAAGCCUUCGUGACCACGAAAUACAAACAAAUACGAGGUAUACUGUGGGUUACAGCAGCAAAGGCUUUGGCAAAAGAAGUACCGGCUCAAAUAUUGUCAACAACAAAAGGGUCCAGUGGCUGAAUGGCAAACCGUUUAUCAGCCUUGGAUUAAAGGUGUAUUUUUGUCAUCAUGGCAAAAAUUACAGACCAAACAAUAAUGCAAGAACUCCAAAGGAACAUGGAUAUAGCAAAGGUGGGCGUGUCCGUGCUCAGCAAACGAAGAAAUUGGGAUGCCCAGCAAAGGUGCUAAUUAAAGAAGGAGUUAUGCUUCCUGCCAGUCAUCCCAUACAGGAUAACACUAAGGCAGAACUGGCAGCAUCCCUGAUUGACCUUGCUGCAACAGGAGAGUAUACAUGCUGCUACUACAUGUGUCUUCCAGACCUGGAAAAGCACAAGUUUCACGAAACAGGCAUUUCUUCAGGCCUGAGUCAAAAUAUUGACCGGGGACUUGUUCAUAAGAUAAAUGAAUUGGUCGACGAAGGGGUGUCAGACACAGACGAAAUGGAACGGCGCCUCCGAAGUCAUGUUCUGGAAACAGAAAAUGUUACACCAGCACCAACAAGCAAGAGGUUUUUUCCGAAUCGUAACACGAUUCGGAACCACAUGCGAAACGCAGAGAAAACAAAACAGACAAGCAUAGAUGAUGAAACAAAUCUUGAAGGCUUUCUGAAUAGAUGGAAACAAGACAAUACUAGAGAUAUUGUUUUCCUGCGGAAAAAAGGAGAAACGGAGAAGUUCCUGUUUGUGUACCAGUCGUUUGGUAUGAAAACUCUGUUGGAACGGUAUGGCAACACAAUGACGCUUCUAGAUGCUACCUACAGGACCACCAAGUAUCAUUUGCCACUUUUCUUCCUGGUGGUAAAAACCAACGUCGACUACCAGGUGGUGGCCUGCUUCAUUCCAGAAGAGGAGAAUUCCGUGUCUGAGCAAGAGGCCCUUCAGAUCAUUAAGGACCAUAAUCCGAAUUGGAGCCCUAAGCAUUUCAUGACAGACAUGGAUGAGAGAGAGAUGCAUGCCAUGCGCUCAUUGUUUCCUGGUGGGUUGUUAGUUUUGUUAGUUAUGUGA